AUGGGAAUCGAUGAGAAUGCAGUUGUCUGCAUGGAUGGAGAUGGUUUCAAAAUUCGUAGUGGAUCAUUAUUAAUUGAUGUAUAUUCAGACAUCGAUACAUCAAUUGCUUGUGAUUCAUGUGAUAUGUGGUAUCAAGUUUUUUGUUUGAGAAUUGAUCCUAAAGGCAGAUGUGUUGGCUCUUGGUUGUGCCCAAGAGUCUCAGUAUAUGUUGCUGAUGAUGGUGAGACGGCUGUAGUCGUAUCUUUAUUUGAUGAAAAUCAAGAAUGUGUUGCAUUGGUUGGGCGACGUUCAACUUUCGUGUUUGACUGGAGAAAACGACGGGGGUUUUCUACCAUGGAUUCGACACCACACGCCGGCCACAGGAGCGCAUCGGCUUCGAGGGCGAAACCUUCCAAACAGAGAGAGAAUGGUCAAAGAUGCCCAGAACGUCAGAGUCCUUAUCACUACAAACUUUUACGCGACUUGUUCACGAAGCCAUCACCGGGCUCUGGUCGCCUCGGCAGAACCCUCUGGCCGAACUGCCCAGGUGCCGAGGCGUCCAGCCGCCUAGGUGCCGAGGUGCCCAGCUGCCUAAGUGGCGAGGUGUCCAGCUGCCUAAGUGAUCCCGCCUACCUAGCACGUGACUCCUUGGUAUGCCGCCUAGCCAGUCUUCCCAUCAUAACGAUGACGACCGCCUCAGACCGGUCUGAGGCGAACCCCUACUAA